CGGCCAGCGUCGGUCAUCGCCCGGCAAGGUGUCGCUUUCGGCAGCUAAUUACCCGUUUUAUUCAUCGUUUAAGUGAAAAUUUUUUGAUACACAUUUACUUUUGACACCCUCGGCACUUGGGGCUAUGGAAAGAAUCAGGUUUUUCGUGUUUUUCUUGGUGCUUUCCGCGUCUUUGCUGGGAAAAGCCGAAUCGGGCAGGAGCAGGACCAGCAACCAGAACAGCUUCCGACGGGCAGCUAACGGCAUCUAUCAGACUCUGAGCAGCGUCUUCGGAGAGGACAACAUUAGAGGGUUAUACAAGUUUUUCUCCAAAGCAACGGAGAGGUUUGUCCAUGGAGUGGACUCUUUCCUGGACACCAUCUGGAAGAUCUGGUCGGAUCUGCUGGAUGUGAUGGGCAUUGACUCUUCAAACCUCAGCCACUACUUCAGCCCCACAUCUCUCACCAACUCCCCAGCACGUGCCCUGCUCCUAGUCGCCGCUGUGCUCUUGGCCUACUGGUUCCUGUCUAUGUUCCUGGGGGGUUUCUUUUACCUGCUGCACGCUGUGUUUGGACGCUUCUUCUGGCUAGCCCGCGUCACUCUCUUCGCCCUAUCUUGCCUCUACAUCCUGCAGAAGUUUGAGGGUGACCCUGAGCGCGCAGUGCUCCCGUUGUGCUUCAUCAUGGCUGUGUACUUCAUGACAGGCCCUGUGGGAGCAUACUGGCGCCGUGGCGGUGGGGCGGGUUCACUGGAAGAAAAAAUCGACCACCUGGACACUCAGAUCAGGCUGCUCAAUAUCAGGCUGAGUCGUGUAAUAGACACCAUUGAACGCACCGGAGACCAGUAGGCACAUUUUAGGUUGAAGCAAAGAUGAGUUUGGGGGGUGGGUCCAGGGGAAAAACUGAUGUAUUUGAUAAGAGAAUACUGUCUCCUACACACAUCUACAGCAACAAAACUACUGUAUUUACAACUCUAUUGACAGUUGGGGACAAAAGUACAAAUGAAAACAGUAUUUUAAUGGCUUGAAUUGAUUUGGGUAACAAGAGAAACUGUUGAAUUGGAGCUUGCACAAAACCAAACAACUUUUUUUUUCCUUUGAUUUUUUUUUUCAAAGUUUUGGAAGGUUUUUUUUAAAUCUCUGAGGAAGUUGUCGGGAGAUGUCUGAGGUUUUCUAAAUGCUAGCCUACUUCUACACCUCAGCUACUUUUACGAAACUCCUCUAUUUUAAAUUUGUACGGUUUGCUUAGGCACUGUCAAUGCUUGUGCUUGAUUAAUAAGCAUAUUUUACAUAUAUUUACUUAAUUUGAUCCUUGUAAAUGACCUGGGAGUUAAGUCUCAGUUCUUGUCCACAAAAACAUUUUCCCCCUUUUUUUUGAAGCUACUGCUAUAGGAGGGCGUAGGGUGUGUGGUACCGGGGGGCAUUGUUGUUUCUAAUAUGUAUAUUCCAGAUGUUGGAAAGUUGUCCAUAGCAAGAUUUAUUUAUUCAAUUUUUCCAUCCAAAGUGUUAAAAUGUAGAUCUAGUUUGUUGAAUCACCACCUCAUAGUGACAAAAGCUUGACAUCAGGACCUCUUUUUCUUGAAUAUGUGUGUAGAUGCAGUUCAGUGACCUACUUGAAUAUGUGUGCGUGUUUGUGUGCAUGUGUGAGGGGCAACCUUGUGAAAUGGAAAAACACUGUAUAAAAAGUCAACACCAGACAGGCAGCAAUAUCUCAGGGACUCACCCAACAUAUGUUGAACUCAAAUGAGAUAUCAAGUAUGCUAAAAUCAUGUAUUGGUCUCUUCACAAUUCAGAUGUGACUUCUCAUUUUUUUCCAGCAUCUUAGAAUACUUUGUGUUGAAAUGCUGGAGUUUAAAUCUAGCCUUUUACUCUUUAUUUAAAUGCCAGCAUGGAGUUAUUUUGGUGAUCUGAACUGUAGCUAAUCAUCCUAAAUAUGUAAACUGUCUCAACACAGACGCAUCUGUUAUGGUAAGAAUUUUUAAUCAAUUGUAAUAGGAUCUGACCUGAACUUGCAGAUUAAAAAGGUUUUAGUGCCUUUAAUACUGCUGGGAAAAAAUUGUAUUGGAUAUUACUUAACCCUGCUUUUGAAACUAAUAUGAAAGUGAUUAUUUCUCCUAUGAGUAUUUUAAUGGUAGUUUAAAACCAGCCUGCCUGAUUCAUGCACUAAAAUGUUGUGUUAAAAAGUAAUGCUUUGGGUACAUUGUUAGUCUGCAUCACCAUAGCCCUCACUAAUUGGUUUGAUAUAUUCUUUUUCUUUUAAUUGUAUAUUUCUGAAGGUGGUUUUCUCUCAUCUCAUUUCUUACCAUGGAUUGGUGUAAGAGAAUGUCCCCUGCACUGCUUGUCUAUGUUUAUAGCACGUCUUCCUUAAUAAUGUCCCAACAUCCUUUACUCUAAAUUAAGUUAUUAAAUCUGAACUCCGUAAUCACCGUUUUGUUAUAACAAAUGACCCUAAUGCUGUGCAGAUCUUUUUUUCUUUUUUUGGAGGUGGUGGUGGUGCUGAUGUUUUGGGGUUUUUUUAUGUUCAUACAUCAAAUAUCGUGAUUGUGUUAAUCAUUUUGAUUAACAACUACCAGUAUAUGUAGUGGGCUGUAAUUUUGUUUCUCUCAAUAGUGUGGGUGCUAUGACAUGCAUUGUAAAUGAAAGGUGUUGUAUCAACCGGUCAGGGUUGCAGUGGCCUUCUGGCUUCACAGUAUACAGGGUGUAUCAAAGAGAAUCAUCCGAUUUAAAAGUGCUUUAAUUCCGUAGGUGUUCACAGGUAACAAUCAAAAUGUACUGCUAGAGAGAAGGGAUUCAUGAGUUUUACGCGGUUGCUGGUACAACUGCCAACAGCAGUGGCUCCAGUUAAAUUUUCGCAAAAGUUUGUUGAUGAAUUUGACUAUCGUAUGCCGUGAGUCCAGAGGGGGACAUGUUGGGCACUUGUGAACAUUGUAGGUUUUCUAUGUAAAACUUUAAAUUCAGCCAUACAUUUUAAAAUUUACUGCUGUCUCCUGUAUGCAUAUAAUAUAGCCGUUAGAAUUGGAUGGUUCUUUUUUUUAAACACCCUAUAUAGUGGACUUUAUCAUACAAUUUGUAUUUGCUUAUAUACUAUUGGGAGAAAAGCUCCACCCACCAACUACUUUUAUUUUGAAGUCUGUUACUGUACUUUUAAGGGUCGUUUUUGUUUAGUUUUUUCUUCAAACCGAUACACAAUAACUCUGUACCUUGAAACCAUGAUUUCUCUGUAGGUUGUUAUACCAUGAAAAUCUCAUCUUGUGUAAUUUUAUGCCAAGUAUAGAAAAAUGAACUUGUUAGCUGAUUCCCAGCGCUGUGUGAUAAUUCCCAUGGAUUUUAGGUUGUCAUUAAACUCCAUCUCAGAAUUAAGCCUGAUGAUGGCAAACUUCAAUAACUAUAUAAACUCUUAGUGUCUCCUUAUUUUGCCCAGAGUGCCAUCAGCCAGCCCAGGUAACCCAUAUAUCCCGUGUAACCGGAGAUUUUCCUGCAUGCUUAGCUUUUAUGCCUAUAAUGUUGCAUUGCAUUACAGUAUAUUCAUGUUAUUGACUGCCUAGGCAGAGCCCUUAAGUAUGUGUGAUGGGGUUGAAAUAGCCAGAAGUUGAUUACUUUUGGAAUUGUGUUAUAAGUGUUGUUCUUCUGCACUGAUGAUUAAACUGUGUAUGCUGUUUGCUAUCAUUACAAUCGUGAGCCGGACAGACUCUCUCCCGUCAUUCCAUUAUCACUGUGUCGCUGACAUGGAAUCCAAUUUUAAAGUACUUAAAACAAAAUUAUCAUUUUAUGAGCUGUAAAUGAACAGUCUGGCCAGUGACCUUUGUUUAACUACUGGCAGCAUGUGAGGUAAAUAAAGGUAUAGUGUGUGAUAUUGAUGUAUGUUGAUGGGUUUUAGUAUAUGAUGGUAUUAUAUUGAAUUCGGAAAAGGCCAUGCGGUUGGUUUAGAGCGAAUUCAGGAUUUUGGUGGCUAUUUAUCAGACUUUAAAUUCUAGACACUGAAAACGGUUUAAAAACAGAUACAACUUGAAACAGUUUCUCUUUAAAGUACCCAGAAGCUCUUACACUGCUGUCUAACAUCUUGAAAACACUCACAAACCAGCUCCAAGAGGGAGGUGUUACCAUUCCUUUUAGAUAUUAUGGAAGCAAUUGUUUAUGUUUUAAGUUGCUGGCAGCUGUAUGUCUCUUCAUUUACCAUGCAGAUGUCAAAAGAUGCCAGUAGAUCCUUCUCGGCAUAGAAUAUAUGCUGCAUUCAAAUUCUGUUUAUUCCAUGUUAACAUCAUCUGAAUGACAUGUACUUCUUUCUUUUUAAUGUACUGUAUCUUGUGUAUUUCUCUGUUUUCCACAUAGCCUGCUUUUAUAUUGUGCCGUGCCAAUAAUGUAUUUUCUUUUAUUUUUACUUCACUUACUUUCUUUUGUUAUUUGUAACUGCUGAUUUAAGAGUAGAUGCAGAUGGCUUUUCUUUUUCAUAUCACCACUUAAUGAUUUUAGGCCUUUUUCUUUCUUUCUUUGUUUUUAAUGAGUAUUUUUAUACUCAGUUGAUGUUUGAAGAGCCAAACUAUUCUGCCUGCUGUUACUUUCUGGUUGGGUGUUUGUGUUUAUGAAAACUUGUCAGUGGGGAUGCAGUUCUUUUUGUGCCAGAGUGAAAAUGAGGUCCAGAUUUAAAUAAACACCAGAUUAUGACUGAAUGUCUUCCACUUU